ACCAGCUCAUCACAAACUAGUACAACCGUACAGACUCCUUCCUCAAGAGAUGUUGCAUGCCAGACUGACAUGGAAACACGUUCUGCAGGUAUACUGCUGUCCUUGAAGACUCUAGCACCAUUUCACAAAAGUGCAGGUAUGCAGCCAUGCUCAUUAUGCUACAUUUACUUUGGAAGACAUCAGUAAUAACUUAAAUGUUAUAAAACUUUUCACGCAGCUCAGCACUCUCUUUAUUUUUCAUAGAGGUAUUUUUCGUUUAUUUAACAUAUAUUUUGGUUACAGGUGUCCAGACAACUUUGUCCUGCAGAGAUUUUGAUGUUGCGACAUCCACCGCAGCUCCUUUCCAGUUCUCAUCCACACCAGUAAAGCGACCUUCCAAGAGACCGCGCAUGGACAUGGAGGAUGAGCUGCAACUGGAAAAUCCUUUAGAAGGCAGCUCUUCAGUAGCAGCUUCGAUGGGGCUUGACUCAACCUAUAAUCCCGCAAGCUCUGUCACAGCUUCAACAGAGUCAACAAAUUAUGCCGUAAGAAACUGUAAUAUGAGUGUGUUUUUUUUAGGCAUGUGAUAAUUUACAAAAUGAAAAGAAGUGGUUUCCGGCAUUACUUUUAUGUGUGAGAUUUACUGAACAUUCAUAAAGCAUGAGAGAAAGCUAAGUACACUGCUGAGAUGUAUUACAACAUAUUUUCCCUUUUUCUUAUAGAGAUGA